GGGGUCUCGGCCUUUGGCUACUCGCUCUCGGGGGGGCUGGACGUGGACGGGAACCUGUACCCCGACCUGCUGGUGGGCUCGCUGUCGGACACCGUGGUGCUCUACAGGGCGCGGCCGGUGGUUCACGUGUCCCGGAACGUGUCGGUGCUGCCGCCGCUCAUCGACCUGGAGCGGAGCAACUGCCGCGAUGGCCCCGGCGUCUGCCUGGAGGUGCGGGCGUGCUUCAGCUACACCGAGAGCCCGGGCAGCGACAGCGCCCCGCCCCCACUGGAGCUGCAGCUGGUGCUGGAGGCGGACUCGGAGCGGCGCCGCCGGGGGCAGCAGCCCCGGGGCUCCUUCCUGGAGCGGGGCCCGGCCGAGCCCGAGCACCGGAUGGCGGCGAGCCUGGAGCUGCCGCGGCCGCGGGAGCGGCGCUGCGUGCCCGCCACCUUCCGCCUGCACGAUGACAUCCGGGACAAGCUCCGCCCCGUCGCUGUCACCUUGGCCUUCGCCAUCGCGGGGACGCGGGGGUGGCACCGGGGGGCCCGGGGGACAGCGCUGCCACCCCUGUCCCCCGCGCUGAGCCCGCGCCAGCCCAGCACGCUCCGCACCGAGGUGCAUUUCCUGCGCCAGGGCUGCGGCGAUGACAAAAUCUGCCAGAGCCACCUGGAGCUGCGGCCGCGCUUCUGCGCCCGCCUGGGCGACAGCGACUUCGUGCCCCUGCCCAGGGACGAGGAUGGCACUGCCAUCUUCGCCGUGAGUGACCAGAAGGACGUGGCGCUGGAGGUGCAGGUGACCAACGAGCCCUCGGACAUGUCGCAGCCGCAGCGGGACGGGGACGACGCGCACCAGGCGCUGCUGGUGGCCUCCUUCCCCCCGGAGCUGCCCUACGCCGCCACCAGGGCCGAGGAGAGCGCGGGGCUCGGGGACAAGGUGCUGUGCUUGGCCAACCAGAACGGCUCCAGGGUGGAGUGCGAGCUGGGGAACCCCCUCAAACGCGGGGCCCAGGUGCGCUUCUUCCUCAUCCUCAGCACCUCGGGCAUCUCCAUCCACACCACGGACCUGGAGGUGCUGCUGGAGCUGUCCACGACCAGCGAGCAGCCGGGGCUGGAGCCGGUGGUCGCCCGCGCCCGCGUGGUCAUCGAGCUGCCCCUGGCCGUGACCGGCGUGGCCGUGCCCCCCCGGCUGUUUUUUGGGGGGCAGGUGCUGGGGGAGAGCGCGGUGAAGAGGGAGAGCCAGGUGGGCAGCGCCGUCCGCUUCGAGGUCACGGUGUCGCAGCGGGGGCCGCUGCUGAAGACCCCCGGCUCGGCGGCGCUGAGCGUGCAGUGGCCGCUGGAGCUGCCCAACGGGAAGUGGCUCCUGUACCCCCUGAGCCUGGAGCUGGGCACCCCCCCCGUGCCCUGCAGCCCCCCGGGCAACCCCCUGCGCCUCGCCCUGGAGCCGCCAGGCCGGGGGGGCCCCCCUGAGGAGCCCCCGGCCCGCUCGUGGUGGGUGCCCGCGGGGAGGAAGAGGAGGAACGUGACCCUGGACUGUGCCCGGGGCACGGCGCGCUGCCGCCCGUUCCGGUGCCCGCUGCCGUCGCUGGAGCGCUCGGAGCUGCGGGCGCGGGGCCGCCUCUGGAACGGGACCUUGCUGGAGGAGUUCCUGGACGUGGAGAACCUGGAGCUGAUCGUGCGCGCCGAGGUCUCGGUCACCUCCCCCCGCGGCAACGUCGUCAUCAGGGACGCGGUGGCGCAGAUGUCGGUGUCCCUGCACCUGGACCCGGGCGUGGCCGUCACCGCUGUCCCCUGGUGGGUGCUGCCGCUGGCGGUGCUGCUGGGGCUGCUGCUGCUGGCGCUGCUGGUGCUGGGGCUCUGGAAGGUGGGGUUUUUCCGGCGGGCGGCGGCUCCGCCCCCGGCCGUGCCGCGGUUCCGGGCCGUGCGCAUCCCGCGGGAGCAGCGGCCGCAGGCCCGCGAGGGCCGCACCGGGACCAUCCUGCGGCCACAGUGGGCGGCCGGACCCACGGACAGGGAUGGGGACGGCGCCGCGCCCGGACCCGCCUGACGGACACCCGGAGGGGACAGACGGACGCGGCCGGACGCACGGACACGGCACGGACACGGGGGAUGGACGCGGGAUGGACGCGGGAGAGACGGAGACGGCGCCGCGCCCGGACCCGCCUGACGGACACCCGCGGACAGACGGACACGGCACGGAUGGACGGACGGACACGGCACGGAUGGACAGACGGACACGGCACGGACAGACGGACACGGCGCGGACGGACGGACGGACACGGCACGGACAGACAGACGGACACGGCACGGAUGGACAGACGGACACGGCACGGACAGACGGACACGGCACCGACGGACAGACGGACACGGGAGGGACGGGGACAGUGCCACGCCCAGACCCGCCUGACAGACACCCGCAGACAGACAGACACGGCAUGGAUGGACAGACAGACACGGCACGGACGGACAGACGGACACGGGAGGGACGGGGACAGCGCCACGCCCGGACCCGCCUGACGGACACCCAGGAAGGACAGAUGGACACGGCCGGACGGAUGGACACAGGACGGACAGAUGGACGCGGCACAGACAGAUGGACAUGGGACACGGACAGAUGGACAUGGCUGGACAUGGGGCGGACACAAGGAUGGACAGGGGGAUGAUGGGCACAGGAUGGACAGACGGAUACCGGACAUGGGCAGAUGGACAUGGCUGGACACAGGAUGGGCAUGGGGAUGGACGUGGGAUGGACAAAUGGACACGGGGAUGGACGUGGGAUGGACAAAUGGACACAGGGAUGGACGUGGGAUGGACAAAUGGACAUGGGACAUGGACAAAUGGACACGGGAUAGACAUGGGGAUGGACACAGGAUGGACAAAUGGACACGGGACAUGGACACAGGAUGGACAAAUGGACAUGGGGAUGGACGUGGGAUGGACAAAUGGACAUGGGACAUGGACACAGGAUGGACAAAUGGACAUGGGGAUGGACACAGGAUGGACAAAUGGACACGGUACAUGGACACAGGAGGGACACAGGACAUGGACAAACAGACACAGGACAUGGAGAAAUGGACAUGGGAUAGACACGGAGAUGGACACGGGGAUGGACGUGGGAUGGACAAAUGGACACGGGGAUGGACACAGGACAUGGACAAAUGGACACGGGGAUGGACACAAGGGUGGACAAAUGGACACGGGACAUGGACACAGGAGGGACACAGGACAUGGAGAAAUGGACACGUGAUAGACACGGAGAAAUGGACAUGGGGAUGGACGCGGGGAUGGACAAAUGGACACGGGAUAUGGACACAGGACAUGGACAAAUGGACACGGGACAUGGACACAGGAGGGACACAGGACAUGGAGAAAUGGACACGUGAUAGACACGGGGAUGGACACGGGGAUGGACGCGGGGAUGGACAAAUGGACACGGGAUAUGGACACAGGACAUGGACAAAUGGACACGGGGAUGGAUGUGGGAUGGACAAAUGGACACAGGACAUGGACAAAUGGACACGGGGAUGGACCCAAUAUGGACACAGAGGAACAGGGACAGGGACAGACCACGGACACCUGGAUCCACCCAAGGGACAUCCAGGGUGGACACAGGGUAUGCUGGGGAUGGACACGAGAUGCGCUCAGGACAUGGGAUAAGGGACAAGGGCAUGGACACGGACGUAGGACAAGGGACAGGGGACACAGACACGGGACAGGGGACAGGGGACAGGGAUGGUCCCUGGCUGUGCCCUGGGAAGGCCCCAUGGAGGCCCCGCCAUGUCCUGGAGCUCCCAGGAUGGGCAGUGGCCGGACAGAGCCACGGCCCCAGGGGUCAGUUCGGCCCCAGGGGUCACUUUGUCUCCACGGGUCACUUUUUGUCCCCAAUAAAAGGCGCUGACCCCA